AUGAAUAACAACAAUUCAUCACAAUCUUCUGCAAACGUUUACACAACUCCAGACCGUAAAAUAUGUCCAAGCGCUCUAAGUCAUUUAAUCACAACCUCUAACGACAUACUCCAUUCUUCUAAUGCUAUGGAUGUUCACCUUGUUUCUCUGUCUUCUCCAAAUAUGAGUCCAAAUGCUAGUCCAUGUCCAAGUCCUAUGCUACGUCCUGUCUCAAGUCCUUUGACACCUAUAACUCCUCUCGUAUUAACUGACAGUCAAUAUGAAAAAGAAUUUUUAAACACUUCUCACAAUAAUCAUGAAUAUCUUUAUCACAUUCAACAAGUUCAAAGAUUACACAAUCAAUAUGGCUAUCACGACAAGUAUGGAUACGGUCAUCAACCAUCCGCGUCAUUUGUUCAAAAUAGUCCUUCGCCAUUGUCUUCCGGUGCAUCGACUCCAACAUGUUCAAAGGUUUAUGAUAUCAUUAUGCCGUAUUCAUUUAAUUCUCCUAAUUCUGACUUCUCUCAUUUAAUGCCUCUGAGCACUUGUGAUUGCGGUUCAAUGCCCUUUUCGUCUCAGUUGAAUCUUACUCCAACCACUGAAAU